AUGGGCCUUCUAAGUGUCUCGGACGCAAUCUUAUGUCGUGUAUUCCCGACCACCCUGCCGGGAACCGCCCAAAGAUGGUAUAAUAAACUCAAGCCAAGGUCGAUCAAGAGUUUCGCCUCUCUAUUAAUAGAAUUUCGCAACAGAUAUCUCACUAACAUCCCGGCCAAAACGACCACCAGCAUCCUGAGAUCAUGCAUCCAGGAGGAAGGAGAAACACUAAGAAGCUACACCGAGAGAUUCAACAAACAGGCUAUGAAAAUAGAUAACUUGAAUGUUGACAUGGCAACCGAAGCGCUAAGGGAAGGAACAAGAUUCAAAAAAUUGGUGGACAAGCUGCUGGUCAACAAGCCAACCACCUUCACGAACCUGAUGGGGAUCGCCCCGAAAUACUUUGAGUUGGACGAAGGACGGAGAGCUAUCAGAGAAAAAGAAGCAAAAGGAAAGGAUUCAAAAGAGAAAUCAAGAGAAAGACCCAAGUCAAGAUCAGACGAUAGGCGACAAAGAUGUGAAGAACGUGGUAUGGCCACCAAAGAUGAAAUCUGA